AUUGAGAACUAUUAAAAAGGAAAAACGCUGGAAUAAAUUCUGCUCUUGGAGACAGCUAAAGCAUUAGAGAAACCAGGAAUCUAGGACUCCUAUGUGAGAAUGUUAUUGAAACUAUGAAGACUGCAUAAGAAAUUGAAAGAAAAUUGUAAAAAGCUCCAAACAAAGCAACCAAUCUGCAAAGGAAGUUUAGGUAAUGGUAGAAAAAAAACAAAUGAAUUGAUCACAAGUACUCAAUAUGAAGGACCGACUUCAAGAGUUUAAACAAAGUAUAAAGGAAAUAGAUCACACAAAGAAAGACAAUGAGGCAAACACAAAAAUAGAAGAAGAUGUAGUCUUGAAACAACAAGCCAUUAUUUUUGAAAAGGAGCCAGUUCUGGAGCAUUUCUUGAUGGAUGCACAGCGAAUGCAAGAAGAAAUCAAUGAGCUGAACAACAACAUAAAGAAACUGAGAUACCAAAGCUCUACUAUCAUGGCCUCUAUGCGCCGUUUCAGCGUCAUAAAAAAGGACAAUGUCAGCCUCAUUAAGGACCUCAAAAUCCAAGCUGAAUCCAUUCACAAGCACUUAGAUGCUUUAUCAAAAGAUGUGAAACAGUCGGUAGUAGAUUUUGGAGCAGACGCAGUCAUUACAAGAAUGAAGAAGAACCAACACACAUUGCUGCUUAAACAGUAUGAAGUAACCAUAUUGGAAUUUAACAAUGUUUUAAUUAAAAAGAAAGAAAACUGUAAAGCAUUUAUACAGCGUCAGCUUGAAGUUGUUGGAAAAGAUAUAUCUGAAGAAGAGUUGAAUAAUAUGGUAGAAUAUAAUAGAUGGUAUGUUUUCAAUGAAAAUUUUCUGCAUGACAUCAAAAUUACUAAAUCACAACUGUCUGAAAUUGAGCAGCGCCACAAAGAACUAAGAUGUCUUGAGAAUCAGCUGAAGGAAUUGCAAGACCUCUUCCUGCAGACCUCAAUUUUGGUGCAGACACAAGGAGACUACAUUGAUAAUAUUGAAAAGACAGUGAUGAACACCAAGGAAUAUACAGAAAGGGCCACGGAGGAAAUUAAAUUAGCAGCAAAGUAUAGAAAGAAAAAUCCAUGUCGAACUUUGUGCUGCUGGUGUUUUCCUUGUUUUAAUAUUAGAUAGUACCUGCACAUUAUACACAAUUUGAGAGUAUACUCCACCACAGCUACUUAGAUACUAGUGAUUGAACAAUACAAGAUUCAGUGCUGGGAGCUAUAUUGCCAAAGCAGUCAAGUUCAAAUCCUCAGAAGUCAAUUCCAUCUCUGGCUUAGGCCCACACCUGAAGUUUGACACAUAAUUGUGGCCACUGCAACAUAAUCGCACUAUCCAGGCCCAAAAGCCAAUGCUAAAAGUAAAGAGUCUGAUCCCCAAUGUUAAAGAAGAUUGAGAAUGACUCAAACACUUACAAAACAUACCAAGCACAUCCUGGACCAGCCACCAAUAAUAGUAUUAUGCGGCUAAUAACAAUAGAUAACUUACAUUAUGCAAACUCAAUUGUGCUUUGAUUUGGUGAGAAACUUGC